GUAUCGCUAUUAAUAUCGAAAUUAGUAACUUUCGUUUUUCUCUUGACAAAAAUAAAACUAAUAAACUGUCAAAGUUUUUACAAUUAAAACAUAUUUAGAAUGGAACCGAAACGUGGUGAAUACUCCAUACACAGCGUCUGUCGCACUUGCCUGGCCACAUUGGAGAAUGUGAUGGCUUACGAUCUGUUCCUUACACCAGGAUUGGCCAAGAAGCUGUGUAUCUGCACUUCAUUGUCGGUGGAGUCACAGGAUGGUUUCCCAAAGAAUCUCUGCAUCAAUUGCUUUACCAAGUUAAACGAUUUGAAUGACUUCCAGAAAAUGUGCGUCGAUUCGGUUCAGAAGUUCCAGGAAAUGGUCGCUAGCCAGGCAUUUACAACCGGAGGUCCUGAGUUCGAUGUCCCACCUGACGAUCCGGAAGAAGACAUGAAUUUUGAUCCCUUGCUGCAUUCGAAAGUGGAGACCAUGGACAAUGAGGAGGAGGUUAUUAAAAUGCUUGAAAAGGUAGACAAAGAACCAGAGGACAAGGAGGAAUAUGAUGCAUUUGCCGAUGAAGAUGACGAUCAGGAUGAUGACUUUGCGGCGGAUAGUGGUAAUGAUUAUCAUGAUGAUGAUGAUGAUCAUGAUAGCAGCGAUGAUGACCUUCCAUUGGCGCAAAGAACAAAGCGAAGCAAAAAAGAUAUUAAAAUGCCAAAAAAGGCAACAAAAAAACAAAACAAGUCUAAGAAGGAGCCCUCAGAGAAAGGCGAGGAAGAAGAGGAGGAGGAGGAGGAGGUUGACAAUGCAUCUUCCUCUGACACCGAAUCAAACAAUGCUACUACUAAAGUUAAGCCCAAACGCAAGAGGAUUCCAGCCGAUGAGCGUCAUUUGCAUCGUCUAAUCGAUUGCCACAUUUGUCAUCAGAAGUUCAAGAAGGCCUCCUGUUACGAGGAGCACAUGAAACAUCAUAACGAUCUCUUACCCUUCCAGUGUACGGUCGAGUCAUGCCGCAAGGGAUUCACCACAGCCAAUGGCCUCAAAGUUCACAUAGAGCAUGCCCACACCGAGGAAUCCAAAAUGCAUCGAUGUACUGUGGAGGGAUGCAACCGAACCUUUGCUCGUCUAUCUCUACUCAAUGUUCAUCUGAAGCGUACGCACAAAUUGAAAUUACCCCCACGUGAAUUCCCCUGUUCGGACUGCGACAAAAUCUUUCGAUGUCAGACUGCUCUUAAGAAGCAUAUGUAUAAGCAUACGGGAAGGGAAUUGCCAUUUGCCUGUGAGAUCUGUGGCAAGCGAUUCCCCAUUAAUAGCGCUCUAAGAGAUCAUUUACUACGCCAUGCUGGCAUCAAGAAUCAUGUCUGCCCCUAUUGCGGGGUGGGCAAAACCACACGCCAGGAGUGGAACAAUCACAUUCUAACCCAUACCAAAGAAAAGAAAUUCCAAUGCCAACUCUGCGAUCAUGCUUCGACCAACAAGCAAGCUCUUAGCAACCAUGUCAAGGUUGUCCAUAUGAAACGCAAAGAUUUCGCUUGCCAAUAUUGCGGCAAAACCUUUGGCAAAUCCUUUUCCUGUAAAGUCCAUGAGCGUAGUCACACUGGUGAGAAGACUAGCGAAUGUAAGAUUUGCGGCAAGAUCUUUCUGCAGGAGAAGAGCCUUACCAAGCAUUUGAAAACCCACGAAAAACGCGAAUUACCCAAGCCGGGAGAUGGUGCUAGCGAUGAAACCACAGCACAGGCCAAACCUGAACCCAAGAAGAAAGCCUACAAUUCGGGACGCGUUGAGCGGGUAGACAUAUCCCAAUUGGCUGGCACAGCUAUUAAUCCCAUAACCUCUGUCUCUCUACCGUCAUGGUCUCCAGCACAAAGUGGCGACCCGUUUAGCAAAAAGGAAGGCCAACACAUUUGUCCCGAUUGCGGCAAGGGUUUCAAUCACAUUGGCAACAUGAAACUCCAUUACAAAGUGGUCCAUCUGAAGGUCAAAGAUUUCUGUUGUCGCUUCUGUCCCAAGCGUUUUGCGAAGAAGCAUUAUCUCCGCGAACACGAAUACAUUCACACUGGUGAGAGGCCCUAUGAGUGUAAGGUCUGUGGCAAUCGUUUCCGUCAAGAGUGUGUCCUGAAGAUCCACAUGAAAGUCCAUAAUAAGCCACCAAAACCGCCCAAACCACCGGCUAAACCAAAGAGCAACAAGCCGAAAACUGAAAAUCCACCAAAUAAACGCCAACCACCAUUCGAACAAUUCCAAGAUCCAGCUGCUGAGCGUGCCGCAGCCUCGGCCGAGCUAUUGGCCUACCAAAUCGAGGAGAAUGAAUCCAAGCGCAAGGCAGAGUUGGAGCAGCGCAAGAUUCAGGAAGCAGCAGUGGAGCAGCUAAGCAAACUGGAAUUACUACAAACCCCGGUUAAUACCUAUAACAGUUUGUAUGCCCAAAAGUCUGCCGAGGAACGAAGUACAGUUGAUGCCCUCAAAUUGGAUCAUGUGUAAACUGGGCUUCCUAUUAACAGUACUUUUGUAAUUAGAUCUUAGUACGGCGGAUAUUUGAAUAGUUAAAUUAAAUUUACUAUCUCGUUUAAUUAACUUUAUGUGAUUUAAGUAUCUUCGAUGUUUCCAGACAUAUUGAUUAAAUUUCGACUAUUCGAAAAGUCGAAAUAUGCUUAAGGCAGCAACAAAAAAUAAUGGAACUUAAACUUCCUUUGAGUAUUUGUAUUUAAAUCAUUAAAUUCAACAAUAAAAUAACUACAAAUGUGUUGCAAAAUGGAAA